UUUAAAUUGCCACAUAAACUUCACCUUAUGCCCCUGUACCUAUCAAACAACCAAAAAUAAAUCAGAACAAAUAAACACAAAACAUAGCCACAACCACCACCACCACACAAAAAAACACACACAGCAAUAACCUUUUCUCACCUCUGCCAGUGGCAUCACCACCUCCACCGUCGCCGCCACCACCAUGCCUUACAAUCACUACCACCGUCGCCCGUGGAACUCCUCACCGCCCUUCAUGAGCCCUCCACUUCUAAUCAUUCUUGUGCCUAUAAUCGCCAUAGCUCUGCUCUUUCUAGUCGUGCCGCCACUCCUCUCCGCCACCACCAACGUUCUCCGGCCAUCUUCCGUCGUCAAAAAGAGCUGGGACUCACUCAACAUCCUCCUCGUUGUGUUCGCUAUCCUCUGCGGCGUUUUCGCCAGGCGAAACGACGACGAAUCGCCACCUCCAUACGACCACGUCGUUUCGGAUCAAAACGCUGCAUUUCGUAAAAUGCCUUCUUCGGGAGAAAGAGAAAGAGAGGGAGAGGGAGAGGGAGAAGGAAGUGGUUAUGUUUCGCAGCAGUGGUUUGGGUUUGCUGGGGAGAGGAAGGGUUAUGAGACCCCUCCGAUCCAGGUUCAGUCACCGGCAACCGGCGUUACACGGUUGAGAAGGAACAGCAGCUCAUAUCCAGAUCUAAGGAGCUGGGAAACCAGCGAUGACCGGUUCAGGUUUCGAUUCUAUGACGACUUUGAAAUCGACAAGCAGUUUCGCUCCCCCGCCAGGCAUCAGUUUGCCACCGUGGACCGACGCACGCGGUGGCCGGGACCAGAAGAUGGAGAAGUUCACGAACUUCACAUUAAAGAAAUUCCAGUUGAUACCUUCCUGGCUAGCUCAUCUCCUCCACCUCCGGAACCGCCACCGAGAUCAUCCGCGCCCCCGGCGCCUCCUCCUCCCCCGCCGCCGCCGCCGCCACCACCACCUCCUCCUCCGCCGGCGGAUACUCGUCGGAAGCCAAGACGAACACGAACAUAUGAGAAAGAAGACAGUGCUACCGAGAUAACCGAGCUCGACAAUGAUCGCAAGUUCACGAGUGUACGGUCUCCGCAGCUAGCUCCUUCGACGCCGGCCCCUCCUCCACCGCUGGCUCCGGUGAAGACGCGAUCGGAUCACAAGCGCGGUAAGAGCGAACAAAGGAAGAGCACCGUGAAGAGAGACAUAGCAACAGUUUGGGCUUCGGUACUCUCCAACCAGAGAAAGAGGAAGACAAAGCAGAAAACCAAGAACGAACACAAUCAAAAUUUCAAUCACAAUUACGAUAACGUUAUUAAUGAGUUAACAAAUAGCAAUAUGAGACCACCACUGUCGCCUGCACCUGCGCCUCCGCCACCCCCACCCCCGCCUCCGCCGCCAUCUUCGGUUUUCCAGAGUUUAUUCCGAAAAGGACUCGGCAAGAGCAAGAAAAUCCAUUCAGUAUCUGCGCCACCGCCGCCACCACCUCCUCCUCCGUUGACAUCUUCACGGAGAUGGUCAAAAUGGAAGAAACCGAUCCCUCCUCCGCCACCUCCGCCUAGUGCGGCAGAUCCACCGGAAGAAUCUCUUCGGCGCAGAAACGCUGGGAGGCCGCCAUUGCCGAACAGAGCCAGCACCUAUAACGACGAGGCAGUAAACGCCGGGAACCAGUCGCCGCUGAUUCCGGUUCCGCCACCGCUUCCUCCGUUCAAAAUGCCGGCAAUGAAGUUCCUGGUCCGUGGCGAUUUUGUUAAAAUACGUAGCAACCAGAGCUCGAGAUCCAGCUCAAGGUGUAGCUCGCCGGAACGGUACGGGGUCGAAGAAUCAGAAACGAUUGAAACAACUGAUUCCGUUACUAACCCCGUUACAGAUCGUAACGGCGAGGUGAGUGGGUCCGUUUUCUGUCCCAGCCCCGACGUUAACGUAAAGGCUUCAACGUUCAUUGCUAGGCUAAGAGGAGAAUGGAAGCUUGAGAAGCUCAAUUCCUUGAAGGAGAAAGGCAAUGGCUCAUUGCCUUUUAGAGGUUAAAACUUGUAAAAAGAUAAAUAAAUGAAAUUAAAUUAGGCUCUAUUUAUGGUAUUUUUAGUUCAGUUAUUAGAGCCUAUAAAAAAGAAGAAUGUUUGGCUGUUUGGCUGUUUGCACUGUUUCACUAGCUUGCUGCUUUCAUAUGGGAGAGACUGCUAUGGUUGAUUGAGAUAACAUUUUCGUUAUUAUGGUACUGAAAAUGCAUUAGUGUUUGCAUAACAGAUUUGUAUAGGAAGAAGAUCAGAUGAACUGGGCUCUGAUUGUAUUUUUUUUGACGUCCUAUUGGAGCCACUGGUAGAAGUUUGUACGUUUCUAUGAUGUGAUAUUAUGCACCCAACCGCUGAUUGUAAUAUUUUUUUUCUUUCAAAUACCUUUUUUGGUCUAUUUUUGUCAUUGUCUCCCAUUGUUUUGGUCUUGGGAGUAAAAGUAUUGUAUUUUUGCUGAAUAUAAUAAAGUAUGGUUUUUUAGUGAAUAGUAUAUGUUUUUAUAUUUUUAUUA